AUGCUGCCUCUGUGCUACCUUCUUGUUUCUGCUAAUGGCACUCAGAAAGGAAUCGUCGGUGGAUCUCGAGCAAGUAACUGUCAAUUUCCAUCCAUUGUCCAUCUCAAAGUAUUUAACCAGCCUUCACAAUAUAGUUAUGGUGCAUGUGGAGGUACUUUGAUUGAUGCUACACAUGUUUUGACAGCAGCUCACUGUCUGGAGGGAAAAGUCAAACGUAUUCAAGUAAAUAUUGGUUCCAACAACCAAGCGUCUCUUGGUGAACAGUCAACAACUGUAAGUAGAUUUGUGAUACAUGGUGGAUACGUCAAAUCUAAAUACGUUGUCAAGAACGACAUUGCAAUCUUGACUUUGCAAAACCGAAUCCGAGAAAGCCGAUGCGUGAAAUUUGCACGUCUAGCUAGUAAAGGAGAAACUUUUGGUACCUCAAGAUGUGUCGCUGCUGGAUGGGGAAAUUUCGCAUAUAAAGGAAGCAGCCCUGACGAAUUAUAUAAAGUAACACUUCCAGCUAUUCCCGCAGAUGAAUGUAAAAGAAGGUCUAAAAUGAGAAUUUCUGAUGGAAUUCUCUGUGCCGGAGAUUUCAAUGCAGGUGGAACAUCUACUUGCCAGGGUGAUUCUGGCGGUCCACUCUAUUGUCGAAACAGAUAUUAUCAAACGGUCCUGGCAGGCGUAACAUCUUUCGGAAGCAAAUGUAACGGCGAGGUCAGUGCUUUCACCGAUGUUGGAUAUUUCCGAGACUGGAUCGACAAGAACCUGUAAGAAGUACUUCGAUGAAGAUGUCUGUUUUGAAGAAACUUCAGCAGAACAACCUCCUCUAUGUAUCGAGAAUGCAAUAAAUAUAUAAAAUGAUUUAUCAAUUUGUUGUUGUUACAAUGGCACUUGGGAGUGUUCAACUAUUUCACUGUGUGUAUUUUUGU